CCGCCCGCAGCCCCUCACAUGAUGGGAGUGUGACUGGGGUCCAGGCACGAGGCCAUGGCGCUGAGCAGAGCCCGGCUGUCCCAGCCCCACGGGGAGAGCACUCGGCUGCUGCCCCAGGUGUCCAGGCUGGCGGAGCUGCCCCACUCCUCCUGCUCGGAUGACGAUGCUGACGCUGUCUCGCUGCUGGGGGACGCAGCUGAGCAGGACCCCGGGCUGUGGUGCCCCGUGCCCCCCAAACCCAGCACCUACAGCCGCUGCGUGCGCUACCUGGCCUUCCUCUGGAACCUCCUCUUCCUCCUGCUGGGGCUGCUGCUCCUGGCUCUGGGGGUCUGGGGUCUGCUGGCCAAGGCCUCCCCGCCUGGGGGGGAGCGUGGGGCGCCCCUGGGCUCGGACCCCAUGCUGCUCUUCAUGCUGGGGGGGCUGGGGGCGAGCGCCGUGUCCCUGGCCGGCUGCCUGGGCGCCCUCCGUGCCAGCCCCUGCCUGCUCCGCUCCUUCCUGGGGGCCCUGCUGGCUCUGGCGGGGCUGGAGGUGCUGGGGGGGCUGCUGGUGCUGCUGGCGCGGCGGCGGCUGCGGGAUGGGCUGAGGGACCUGCUGCUGCUCUGCCUCCUGCGCUACCAGGACGACCCCGACCUGCAGUUCCUGGUGGACGAGGUGCAGAGGAGCCUCCAGUGCUGCGGCCUCGGGUCCUACCGCGACUGGGAGAGCAACGUGUACUUCAACUGCAGCGCCCCGGGGGCGCAGGCGUGCGGCGUGCCGGCCUCGUGCUGCCAGGACCCUCUGGAGAGCGGCUCCGUGCCCAACGCCCAGUGCGGCUUUGGGGUGCUGGCGCUGGGGCCGGCGGCGGCGGGGGCCGUGGUGCACGUGGGGGGCUGUGGGACUGCUCUGGGAGCGUGGCUGAGGGGCCAGGCCGGGGCCAUCGCCACCGGUGCUGCCGCCCUGGUGCUGGUGGAGGCCGUGGGUGCCCUCAUGGCACUGAGGGUGCUGGGGGAUGUGGAGGCUUUCCGGGUGUGGGGGUGA